ACAUGUGAUAUUAAUAAAUUUGCUAUAAAAUUUUGGUGAUUUUCCUUUUAACAUUCGUCAGAACGUUGCCAAAAUUGUGUGCCUGCCAACUCCCCCUACCAAUUCAACUAGAAUCGUUUGGAUUUUGGAAUCGAGCAAUAUCAAAGUAUGCCAUUGGACUCCUGGCAGAGAACCAGAUUAACCUUUUUCGAACCACAUAAGAUUAUUAAAUGCACUAUCAGUGGCGCCAAACUAUUAUUCACAAAGAAAAAAUUACGAGUAGAAUCUGUCACCACCCUUUUAAACAUCUAGUGGGCUACAGGCUACACACUAUUUUGUUUAAAAAAAUCAUCUCUGUCUCCAGAUCAAGAGUGUUGUCACAGAACCAGUCAUUUCAACAGGCCAGACCAGCCUCAAAUGUGAGCCCUGAUGUUCAGGGCUGGUUUCAAACUGUUGAUAAAGAUAGAUCUGGCCAUAUUAAUUGGGAAGAAUUGCAGUCAGCAUUAGUAAAUGGUCAGGGUCAGCAUUUUUCUGAUGUCGCUUGUAAGUUGAUGAUUGGGAUGUUCGAUAGAGAUAAAACUGGAACAAUUGAUAUCUAUGAAUUUCAACAACUUUAUACUUAUAUUAACCAGUGGUUGGCAGUAUUCAAAAUGUAUGACAGAGAUCAGUCAGGAAGUAUUGAGGAACCGGAACUAAGUGAAGCAUUACAGCAAAUGGGAUUUAGAUUCUCCCCUGAAUUCAUUAAAUUUCUGAUCGAAAGGAGCGACUUAAAAAAUCACAAACUGAUGUCAGUCGAUCAGUUUAUUGUUGUGUGUGUUCAAAUUCAGCGAUUUACUGAAGCAUUUCGGGUAAAGGAUACCGAUAUGAAAGGGAGUAUUACCUUGGGCUUUGAAGAGUUUCUUAGUAUUGCUCUAAACUGCUCGACAUAAUAGCUUCCUUUGAUUGAUGUAGAUAUAUAGCGAAAUUGAGCCAUUCAAUGUAAUUAUAUACAGAUCAUACAUUUACCUCUAAUAAGGAUUAAAUUUGGGUUAUCUAAAAAUUAAUGUACAUAUUUCAUAGGCUUAUUUUAUAACGUCCUGUUUAAGAAUUGUUUCUAACAGUUUUUUUACUCCUUUUAUUGGUUGUGUCCAUGAAUUCUGGUGUUGUUCCAAAAAUUUAUUUAACAUUCACUUAUUUUUCACUUGAUUAAGAUCUUGCCCAACCUCAUUAAGUAGGCAGUAACACUCGAAAUAGGGAGUGCAUAAAGAACACUCUAUUUUUAGUAAAAUUUAAAAUCGCUCCUUAGAUGUCACUGUUGUAAAAGUCCGAAAAAUCUAAGAAAGGUAUAGCAGAUCUUUUGGCAAUGCCCGCCUGGCUUCAUUCAUGACCUUUGCGCGGCAUGGAGCACGUACUGUACCUUUCCUAGAUUUGCUCGAAUCUAUAUUACUUUGCCUUAUCAUUUACAGUUACCUCAGCCAACAUUUAUAGCACAGAAUCUGUGAUAAGAUUGUUAAAUCAAUAACUUUGCGGAAGGUUCCGUCACAAUCGAUUUUUUUUUUUGGGAUUUUCCUAGGUUCGGUUUGUUGAUGAGACCAAGAAAUUUGCCUAAACUAAAAGAAGUACAUAUUUUGCAUCUCAACUCAUGCAUUGUUUAUUUUAGGCACUACAUUUUAAAAAUAAAUUUUAUAGCUACUUUAGUAGAUCUAUUAAGCGUAAUAUAUAUUGUGCCCUAGGAUCGUCAGUUCUUAUAUCCUAACAAUUUCCAUCUACUUUUUUUUUGUAAAAUUCAAUUGUUUAUAAAUGAAGAUCAAAGCACUCCUAAUGACUAGUUGUUCAUUGGUUUUAAUGGUGCGUGAAAACUUUAAAACUUUUUAUUUAUGAUUAUUUGACUAGAUAGAAAAGUUGUUUAAAAUCUAAUUCAAUCGGAAUACUUUUAAUUAAAAUUUUUCAAGCUACACCUACGGCAAAAUACUACUUUGGCCCAGUUACUGGUGCAAUACCAAAGUUUUGAGGCAAUCAUAGUGUUGUCUAAUUGUCUAAUUACUUAAUACUGGUUAUUUGGUUUUACGAUAUUGGUUAUAUUGUCGUGUUUUUUUAGUCCGCAACAAAAUAUUAAAGAGUUUUGCGCAUUUUUCCUUUAUUAUUUGACUGAUUGUCUGAAGGACAUAUAUAAAUGAUUUCCUGAUAUACCCUGUAUAUUGUUUAAGUAUUUAAAAGCUUUUUCGGUUCUCAGAUAAAUGGAUAAGCACGUAGGAAACCAAAACAUUUUUAAGAAUUUAGUUCGAUUGUGUCCGUAGACCGUACUAUUAAAAUAAAGCUCUUUAAUAUUUUGACCUUAACAAAUAUUCCUGUCAAUUAUUUUUACAGCCGCUUUCUAUUUUUAAAUAAAAUUGCAUGUAAUUAUUUAAUUUUAUGGCAAUUUUUUAAUAUUUAUGGAGGUAGGAAAACGAGUUUGUGCCGUUUGUUACCGGUAAUGAGAUUUUACGAGUUAAUUUAUAUCUUGUGUACCACGAAUUGAAGUUU